AUGCAAAACUUUCAUUAUUAAUCAUGCAAUAUGGCAGAUCAUGAAGAUGAAUUCCUCAAUAUGGUUUGUAUAGAUGAAAAGUGCAAUAAACAUCAACUUUUGUGUGUAUAUUGUAUGGAGGAACAUUAAUAAUGUAUUAAGCAUCCUGUAAAAAAAUUUUUGAGAGAUUUUAAAUCAUAGGUCGUUUCUUAAAAUCUUGAUACAGGUUCUAAAAUAGAAGAGUAAUAUUGUUAGAUUAUUUUAUAGUCUCAUAGUGUUUUAUGAUUAAAUUAAAACAACAAUGGAAUAAGCAUAAAAAGAAAUGAAUGAAAUAUUUGAGAGAUCUAAAUAAACAAUAAUAGAGUAAUAAUCUAUGAUGAAUAAUAGUACUAAAAAAUUGAUUAGUUAAUUUUCAUAGUAAGAGACCGCCAAAUCGGUAUAAAUGCAGAAAUUGAUCGAAUUUGAAUCAACUUUAAAUUAAGAUACUUUCAUUUAACUUUUGGCCGAAAUAGAAAGUUUUAAACCAAAUUCUGAAAGGUUUUCUUUUUCAAUCAAAAAAAUACAAGGACAUUAAAUAGGAUAAUUAUAGGAAAGAAUAGCAAAUGGUAAGUUUCACUAAAGAGAAUAUUAAAGCGCCAUAACUGGUUUAAAUGAAUAAUUUGUAAAUUUACAUGAAGUAUUGAAAAAGAAUUUAUAAAAUUAUUUUUUAAAUGCUCCAUAAAAACCAAUAGAACAAGAAUAAAAUGAAAGCAAAAUUAUUAAAUAAUAAUAAAGUUUAUAUCCUCUAAUUUAACCACCUACUCUUGAAAUAUAAGAGAAAUCAAUAAUAGCAAUAGAUGAUGAUUUGGAAGAGAUUGAAAGAGGAAAUAGAAACAAUGAAAAUAUUAAAAAGUAGACAACAAAUAAUAAUAAUAAUAAUAUUAAUAAUAAUAAUAAUAAUAAUAUUAAUAAUAAUAAUAUUAAUAAUAAUAAUAGUAAUAAUAAUCCCACUAAUAAUAAUCUAAUAAAUUAUUAGAAUAGUAAUUAAAAGAAUUAAGAUUCAUAGAUAUCAAUAACUGAUAUAUUGGAUAGUAGUUUUUCAAAGAAACAAUCAUUUUCAGAUAAUAAAUAGAAUUAAUCAAACAAUAAUAAAUAAUAGUAAAAUAAUAAGACAACAAAAUAAUUUUUACCAUCAUAUUAACCUACCUAAUAAAAUUCAAACUUUUAAAAAUAUUAAUCUUAAACAAAUAAUGGUACAUCUUAGAUUCCUACUAGAUAACCUCCUCUUCCUCCAUCUCCACCACCUCCACCUACAUAACCACCAUUAUAAUCUCCAUAAAUAGGUAUUAAAAAUAAUUUAAUCAUUAAUAGAUGCAUAUUAAGAUGAAAAUUAAGGUGAUGUGGAAACAAUAUUGAAUGUGUCUCAAGAUUAAAGUUUCUAACUUUUAUCAAAUUCUAGAGAAAUUACUAAAUUAUUACUAUUAAGUAAAUCAGUAGUAGCAGGAUGUGGAGGAUUAUAAUUUUAAGGAUUUGAUAUUACUACAUGCAAAAAGUUGUUUACAUUAAAUUUAGAUGCAGAUAUUACAGAUGCUGCAUAUUUAGAAACUGAUGAAUUUAAUGGAACUUUGUAUUUAGCUACAAAUAAAGGAAAAAUCGAAACUUUUAUUAGAGAAUCCAACAGUGAAAAUUAAUUUACUUUUAGAACUAAUUCAUAAUAGUUAGUUGAUAGACCUGGCGUUUUACUUAUACAAAUUAAUCAAUAAGAGAAAUAACUUGUAACUUUGGGUUAGGAUAAAGUCAUAAGAAUAUUUCCGAUAAAGACUUUGAGAGAAUUAAAGAGAUGUGAUAUUUAGGAUGUUGGAACAGCACUUCAUGUUGACUCUAAAUAUGUUUAUGUUGGAGGCAAUAAAUUUUUAUUUAUUUGGGAUUAAACAAGUUAAACAAAGAAAAUUAUUUAAAUUUCAGAAAGUAAAGUUAUAUCUAUUUAAACUAAUGAGAAUAAAUUGAUAGUAGGAUUAUCAGAUAAAAUUAAAAUAUAUGAAAGAAAAGCAAAUGGAGACUAUUAACCAAUACAUGAAUAAUCAUUUGGAGAAAUCAGUACCAUGAAUAUACUUAAGAAAUGGCCAAUAUUAUUGGUUUCAUGCACAUCAGUAUAAAUAAUAUUAUUUAUCUAUAGCAAUAACAAUAGAAGGUUUGCUUAUAUAAUUAUGAACAGGAUUCAUCUGAAAAGUUAUAAGAAUAGAAGGCUACAAGUUGUGCAGUAAGAGAAUUUGAUAAGAUCUAUCAUGUAGCAUUUGGAUAAGAAAAGGGACUGUGCAAUAUUUAUAGAAUCGAAUAAACUUAAUAAUAGCAAUCAUAAUGA